CAACUUUUUGUUCAAGCCCAUCAUUUCUUUUACUUUCACCUCGAUCGAAAGCUCGUUCGCAGCCGAGCGCUCGAGUGUUGCAGCUGUUCCAGACAUAGAAAGCGCGCAUAUUCGCCUGCUGCCUGUGUCUGUCUCUGCCUCGAUUCCUUCACUGCGGCGCGUCACGAGCUUUCCACCUCACCUUUUUUUAAUCCCUGCACCUUCGCUCAUUACCCAUUGACAAUAUUGUCCUUUAUUAUUUUUCUUCCGUCAAACAUAGCUCAACGACGCUCUUCCAUACCCGCCAGUAUGUCGUUUGGCGGCGGCGGAUUUUCUUUCGGCUCUAAUACCAACACCCAGAACACCGGUUUUGGUGGGUUUGGCAAUAACACCAACAGUGGCUUCGGCACAAGCACAAGGAACACUGGUUUCGGGGCCAGCACGGCUGCGUCGAACCCCUUUGGUGGUGGUAGCGGCGGUAGCACUUUUGGAUCUCCGGCUGGAGGUUUCGGAAACAACAGCAACACAUCCGGCUCCCUCUUCGGCAAUAAACCGGCCUCAAAUCCCUUCGGCACGAGCACAAACACAGGAGGUGGCUUGUUUGGCAAUUCGACAACAACUCAACAAAACUCGGGGUUUGGAGGUUCAACAGGAGGAUUCGGUAACAAUGCAAGCACCGGCGGCUUUGGGGGCAGUACGGGUGGAUCAUCUUUCAGCUUUGGAGGUGCCAACAAGCCUGCUUUUGGGGCAUCGAACAGCUCUACCCCUCUCUUCGGUCAAGGCGGUACUGGGACAACAGGUGGCUUUGGCGGAGGCGCAUUUGGCGCUUCAGGAUCUGGAACGGCUUUGAGCAACCAACCCGUUCCUCCUUCCGAAGGGACUGCCUCUACACCCUAUGCUCCGACGUUGGAGAAAGAUGCCUCUAAUCAACAGAGCAACUACCAAAGCAUCAAUUUCAUGCAACCCUACCAGAAAUAUUCGUUCGAAGAGCUUCGCUUAGCAGACUACAACGCCGGACGUCGCUAUGGCAGUGCCACAGGAACCUCGGGGGGAUUUGGCUCAAGUACUUUCGGUGGUUUCGGUGGUAGCAGCAGUACUCCAGCUUUUGGUGGUGGCAACACUUCCUCGGGUGGUCUGUUCGGCGGACAGACAACCUCGUCGUCAACACCUUUCGGUGGCAGCGGCACUCAAACCUCUGGUUUUGGUGGGGGAGGCCUCUUCGGAAGUAAGCCUGCGACAGGCGGGCUCUUUGGCCAGCAGCAGUCGACAGGCACAUCUUCUGGUGGACUGUUCGGCACGGCGAGCAGCACUGGUGGUGCUUUCGGGGGCGGAAACUCCGGAGCAUUCGGUUCUGGGACGAACAGUGGCGGUCUCUUUGGACAACAGCAAAAUAAGCCGGGAGGCUUGUUCGGCUCUACCGGCACCACCGCCACCACAAGUGCUCCUUCAUUUUCCUUCGGCAAUGCAGCUCCGACCAGUGGCGGCACUGGCCCCUUUGGAAACAACAAUCAGCAGCAGCAACAGCCUCAGCAGCAGUCUGGUGGCUUGUUCGGUGCUGCGAACCAACAAAAGCCACUCUUUGGCGGCGGCUCCGGAGGCUUUGGCGGUGCGACAACCCAGAGUCAGCCUUCUGGAGGUCUGUUCGGCACCUCCACGGCCCAGACUGGCGGAGGUGGUCUUUUCGGCAACAACACUGCGACAACUGGUGGUACUGCAACUGGUCUUUUUGGUUCCAACAACAAUACAUCUAAUCCUGGGCUUUUCGGUGGCCAAGCUCAAAAGCCUGGUGGUCUUUUCUCCAACAGCGCCUUUGGAACAAGCCAGCCGAGCACUGGCGGCGGUUUGUUCGGCACUAGUGGCUCCAACAAUCAACAAGGCGGAGGUUUCUCUUUCGGAAAUGCUGCUCAGAAGCCUGCAACAAAUUCAUUGUUUGGCAACAGUGGCACAGGACAAGCCCCGGGUCUCUUCAGUCAGACUGGUGGGACAAGCUUAUUCGGCAACUCACAGAAUGCGCAGCAGGGCCAGCAACAGCAGCCAGAAUUCAAGCAGUCAUCGUUGAAUGAUCCGAAUCCGUAUGGUCAGACGUCAAUCUGGACUGGCCUGCCAGUACCUACCCCUGAGACUGCAAAGCCUCUUUUCACCCCGUUGUCGGCAACUCAAAAGAUGAGGGAAAGCCAGGCAAAGCCGCCACCCAGUCUCCGUCUCAGCCAGUCCCGGUACAUGACACCUCCACGCCGUUCCGGCUUCGGCUUUUCCUACUCCACCUACGGAACUCCCAAUAGUGCUGCAAGUACUCCUGGUGGAAGCGGAUUGACCAAUAGCAUGUACGGCAGUCGAAGCUUCACAGGCGGUAGUUUCGGACGUUCUUUCGGAAAGAGUGCCUCGGCAAGUAACUUGAGGUCUCAAUUCUCAGGCGAUACGGAAGGCGUCCUCAGCCCAGGCGCAUUCGCACCCAGCGCGAGUCGUUGGUCUAGUGGCAACAUGCGCCGGCUCACCAUUGAUCGAAGCAUUAGAAAUGACCUUUUUACACGACCUUCUCUUCCUACUCUACCCAUGAAUGGCUCUGAAAAGCCCAACGGUAGUCAGGAUGAGCCUAUUAUGAUCAACGGUACGGAAUCUUCAGGUGAUUUGAGCAAAUUGAAAAAGCGGGUAAGCUUUGAUAAAGGAACUUUUGGUGGACAGGAAGCUACCCUGAACGGGGAGUCGGGAGCUCUGGUACGAACGGAGACCGAUGGGGAAGACUCUGAGUCAGGCAGAACUCUUAAUGGCAGUGCCACGCCUGAGGCUGAAUCCUCUCGGACCAACGAGCUUGCUAUGGUGCCUGAAGAUCGCGAAUCCGACCAUGUUUCCCUCAAGAAGGCGGUUCAAGCGAAGCCCGACCCGCAACCAGGUGACUACUGGAUGAAACCUAGUCGAGCGGAACUGGGAAAGAUGCCGCGCGAGAAACUGCAAAAAUUUGUUGGCUUUGAAGUGGGCCGUAAAGGCUGCGGGAAAGUUACUUUCAACGGCGCAGUGGAUCUUACUGCAAUCCCCUUGGACGAUCUUUAUGAAAAGAUUGUGGAGAUCCGCCUUCGAUCGGUCACCGUCUAUCCAGAUGCCAGUUCGAAACCUCCUGUUGGUAAAGGUCUCAAUGUGCCUUCGACGAUCUCCAUCGAAAACUCUUGGCCUCGCUCUCGUGGUCAACCUUCAUCCGCUACCAGCGGCCCGAUUUUCGACAAGCACGUCAACCGAUUGAAGAAAAUGCACGGUACUGAAUUUGUCAACUACGAAGUCUCGACUGGUGUUUGGACGUUCAGAGUCCCUCAUUACACUCGCUAUGGUUUGGACUAUGACGAAGACGAAGAUCUAAGCCAGAGUCAGAUGUCUGCGCCACCAGACUCACUGAGUGCCUCACAGUCUGGCAACAUGUCUGAAAUGGAUGUUGACAGCGAGGAUCAGGAUGACAGCCCAGAUGAAGACGAUACAUUUGCUUUCAAGCAAAAGACGGUCCCAGGAGGGUUUGGACGUCGAUCUGCAAUUGACUACGAUGUCGAAGUACCAAUCGCACAGAGUGUUGCGGACUUCCACGAAUCUGAGUUGUCGGAGGAGUCUGCAGCUGAGGAAAGUGACAACGAGGUCAGCAUGGUGGGCUCGUUUCCCCCUAGAAGUGCAACCAUUCUCGAAAGCCCCAGCAAACCCAUACUGAAGGCAAGUCAGAUGGGCACUCCAGGCAAACACCUCAUCAGCCUCGACGGCGAUUGGGCUGAGCAACUCCAACGCACAAUCAGCCCUCGCAAGCAGAACCGUGAAGCUCUGCGUGAUGUCCAAAACAAAAUUCUCCUUGAUCGAGCCUACGAACCAAUCAAACCAAAAGCCCACAAUAAGAAUGAGUUCCGUACGAGCAUUGACAUAAUGAACUCUUUGUUCAGCAAACAUGAGGCAAGAAUGGCAAAGGGAAAAAAGGGACAGGCAGGGCCGGAUUUUGAGUUUCCUUAUUCGAAGCGCGCAAAGACUUUUGAUGAUCACGACUCCGAAAUGACCGAGAACGACAAACUGUGGCAUCUUUCGUUCAAACCCCAGUUCACCCAAUUGAACAAACUCGUUUAUAAGGUUGAUGGUGCGGUUCAAAAUGAUGCUUCCUGGACGAACGACAUUCUGAUGGGCAACGAGGGAGGGGACGUGGCCAUUACUUCGCUUCGAUCUGCAACAGUAGCAACGAGCACCGAGACCUUGAUGGCAAACACAAAAGUAAAGCUUGUCGAGAAGGUACCAUUUGUGCAGCACGAUGCUGUUGACUUCUCCCAAGCCAAAGAUCCACUGGCUCAGCAAGGCGCUAGCGAGGAUGAAAUCGACGUCUACCGACUCUCACACGUUCUCUUCGACGAGUUCGAAGACGAAUUUACUCGUGGCUUAAGUCGACAGCAACAACGAGAAUUUCUGACCCGCAUACGGAAAGAUCGUCUUUCAAAAUUCCUUGCUGAAUUUGUCUGGCGUCGGCACGCUGAAACGAUCAAAGCUGCCGAGAAAGCCAGCGCUGCAACCGCAGCGAUCCUUCAACUCACCGCCCACAAUCUCAAGGCGGCCUGUGAGAUGUUGACACGCGAACAUGAUUUUCAUCUGAGCUUGUUAGUCGCGCAGAUUGGACAGGCCGAUGCCGCGUUCCAAAACGACAUGGCCGACCAGAUAGAGUCAUGGAGACAGCAGGGCGUACUCAGCGAGAUGUCGGAAGAGAUUCGUGGCGUCUAUGAGCUUCUUGCUGGGAACACAACCAUUGCGCAAGGCAAGCAGAAGGUUCCGGUCGAGGACAAGGCUAGCACAUUCGCCCUGUCGGAAAAGUUCGAACUCGAUUGGGUACAGGCGUUUUGUUUGUGUCUGUGGUACGGGCGCCAGAAACACGGUGACAUUGCGGAUGCAGUGUCCGAUUUUGCAGACAAGGUGGCGACUCACGAGGAAUCUGCCAGUCCCAUCGGUGAAGACGGCAAGGAGGAUUUGCUAUGGGUGAUGCUCAAGUUGUUCGCCAGCAAAGAGAAGCCCAGCAGUGUCGAGGCGCCUGUCUUUCCACAAGCGUUAUCAGCUCUCGCUCAGCCCUGGAACUCCGCUCACGCCUUCCGGCUGCACCACUUUAUUGCCGCUGCUGUACGGGGAGUCAAGGUCGACAACGACAAAGCGGACGACUUGGCAAUGUCACUGAUGUUCGAAUAUUCCGCAAAAGGCGACAUCCUUGGUGCAAUAUACGCCGCCGCACACAUCAGCGGUUCAGCCACCCGCGGCUCGCACAUUCGGGAAUUGCUUAACAGGCAUGCUGCUGUGUUGCCAUCCUCCCCCGACCUGGACUCGGAUGAAGCUCCCACUUCCCAGGCUCAGCAAGCUCAGCCACAAAUCUGGAAAGACCUGACAACUCACCUCAAGGUGCCUGUUGGUUGGAUCUGUCACGCCAAAGCACUUUACUCUCGGUCUAGCAGCGACGCGCCCACGGAAUUGACCUAUCUCAUCCUCGCGCGCGAAUUCGCCGAAGCGCAUGAGUGUUUGCUGAAGCGCGUCGCGCCACGCCUUGUGAUCGACGAGGAUUGGGAUACACUCCAGUCGACACUGGCCAAGUUCGGCCCUAACCCUGCAGACAAACUUGGGAUCGGCGAGUGGGAAAGUGGAGGUCAAGUGUACGCCGACUUUGUGUCGUUGAUGGCGGCGGCGGGUGAUUCGAUGCUUACGCCUGGUCACCAACAACGACGUGGGAGUGCUCCACCGCAGGAAGCUGCCGAAUCGAGAAGGGCAUUGUUGCUAAGAUUGCGCAACGCAUUGAUCGAAUUGAACGCACGCUUCGUCAGUCGUCGUCAAGGUGAGACGCCGCCAGCGCUGGACAAGGACAAGGAGAACCUGGAACAAAGAGUCGCCUUGUGCGAGAUGGGAAGAGCGGUCGCGAGAGCCAUCGAAUCGGAUGAGGACCAAGGGUUGAGUGGGAUGCAAUCGAUCCUCGACCUACCACUCACUGCCGAUGUGAGAUUGACUCAUGCUCGGACUUUGGGAGUGGAAUAUUACCGUGGGGUCAUGGCAAUGGCGAGAUGAGGUUUUGGUCCUCUUGAUUUGGGCUUUGGGUUUUGGGUUUCGGCUCGAGAAGAAAAGGGUAUCGGAAUCCUGAUCCUAUUCAAAAGGUGGUGUGUGUGUGUGUGUGUGUGCGUAUGGAACAGUAUUGGAACAAUUGACAAUCGAGUAGAGGCAAGGGAAGAUCCAAAAAAGAAAAUAAAGAACAAAAGCAAAACUGUUUGCGUGUGCCUGGGUCACUCUUUGGGUAUUCUCAUUACUUUUGGGCGCUACGCCUCGAUUCUGACGGGCGCCUCUCCCUUCUGCAUGUAUGUAGACCUUUACAGAGGAGCAUGAAAUGAAUGAAUUACAC